CUUGAAUACUCUAGUUCACACCCUUCCACCAAAGGAGGAUCUCGUCUUUCACCAAACCCCUGGUAGGCCUGGGAAUGACUCUUCUCUGGCAAUUUUUCCCCUGUGAAUCUGAUGCUACUGCUCUUGCCUCCCUCUUUGCCCAGGUUACCCUCAAACUUUUUCUCAGGUCUGAAAGUUUAAUUGAAUCUGUCACUUCCAAGCUCCUCUCAGGCCAGCUACCCUUCAUUUAGUGCCAAGAUAAAUCAUUGGCCACAGGUGUGUGCUGCUCCUGCUCCUGGGGGGGCUGCACCUGAGGCAGGUUGGGGUCUGUGGCCUGGGCUAUAUAUCCAGCCCCAUGGCACCUGCUGGGUGCUCUGUUGGAGGCCGAGAUGAGCUCAGAACCGAGGAAGAAGCGUGAUCAUGUUUCCACCUCUGGGAACAGAGUAUCUAAGAGGACAUCUAAGAGAAAGGAAACCUUUUCAGUCUAUAUUUACAAAGUACUGAAGCAGGUGCACCCGGACCUCACCAUCUCCUCCAAGGCCAUGAGCAUCAUGAACUCCUUCAUCAACGACAUGUUCGAGCGUUUGGCCUCGGAGGCCUCGCGCCUGGCCCAGUACAGCCACCGCUCCACCAUCAGCAGCCGCGAGGUGCAGACGGCGGCGCGGCUCCUGCUGCCCGGAGAACUGGCCAAGCACGCAGUGUCCGAGGGCACCAAGGCCGUCACCAAAUACACCAGCAGCAAGUGACCACCCGGCCCCACUGAAACCAGCCCGGGCCCCGCUUCUCGGGGAGUCUUGCAGGAGCUGGUAUCCAGUCUUGCUCAACUGAGAAAGCAAAGCCUCCUGUUGGCUGCCUGCAAAUAAAAAAAGCAUAGAAAUACA